AUGGCAGCCGGGGACACGCAGCUCUACGCCAAGGUCUCCAGCAGGCUCAAGGGCCGCAGCCCCCCCUCGCUCCUGGACCCCCUCCUGGCCAUGGGCUUCCCCGUGCACCACCGCGUGAGUACCUCCCCGCUCAAGGCGCUGGCCGCCACGGGGAGGAAGACGGUGGACCAGGCCUCCGCGUGGCUGCACGCCCACCGCCAGGACCCCUCCCUGGACGACCCCAUCCCCCAGGAGUACGCCCUCUUCCUCUGCCCCACGGGGCCGCUGCUGGAGAAGCUGCAGGCGUUCUGGAGAGCCAGCCAGCGCCAGUGCGCCCGCAACCGAGCCCACGAGGUCUUCCCCCACGUCACCCUCUGCGACUUCUUCACGUGUGAGGACCAGAAGGUGGAGCUCCUGUACGAGGCUCUGAGGAGAGCGGGGGACAGGGUGGUGGGGUGCUUCCCCCCCGCCGUGCCCCUGGCCCUCCACUCCUCCGCCAGCUUCCUGGGCUUCUUCAUCGGCGACAGCCCCGCGGCCGCGCUGCUGCGGGAGUUCGCGGCGGAGUUCGCGGCCGAGGCGCGCGUCCUGGCAGACUGCACGGUGAAGCCCUGCACCAAGCAGCUGCACCUGACCUUGGCCCACAAGUUCUACCCUCACCACCAGAAGACCCUGGAGCAGCUGGCCAGAGCCAUCGAGCCGGGCCUCGGCUGCCAGUGGACAGCAGCCUUGUACUCGCGGGACAUGCGCUUUGUGCACUACCAGACCCUGAGGGCCCUGUUCCAGUACCGGCCCCAGAACGAGGACGAGCUGCGGCUCAGCCCCGGCGACCUGGUCUUCGUGGACCCCACGCGGCAGGCCGCCGCCAGCGAGGGCUGGGCCUUCGGGACCUCGGCGCGGACGGGCCGCCGCGGCUUCCUGCCCGAGAACUACACGGAGAGGGCCAGCGAGGCCGACGGCUGGGUCAGGCACAGGACGUACACCUUCAGUGUCGCCACGGGCCUCAACUCCAGGAAGGACGGGGACGCCGGCGGCGGGAGAAACGGGGACUCGCGCCCCCCAUCGGCGUCCCGGAGCCUAGGCAGCGCGCAGGCUUUGCAGGCCGCCAUCUUGAGGAGGAGCGUGCUGGUGGUUCGCCACGGGGAGCGAGUGGACCAGAUCUUCGGGAAGUCCUGGCUGCAGCAGUGCUCCACACUGGACGGAAGGUACCACAGGCCAGACCUGAACUUCCCUCCGAGCCUGCCCCGGCGGAGCAGCGGUGUCCAAGGCUUUGAAAAUGAUCCACCGUUAUCGUCUUGCGGAAUUUUCCAGGCCAGACUCGCAGGGGACGCCCUUCUGGACAGCGGCCUCAGGGUCACCGCCGUCUUCGCCUCCCCGGCCCUGCGCUGUGUGCAGACGGCCCAGCACAUCCUGGAAGAGCUCACGCCGGAGGCCGCGCUGCAGAUUAGAGUGGAGCCCGGAGUCUCUGAGUGGACCGAGUGGGAGGCCAGCGGAGCCACCCCGACCUUCAUGACCCCGGAGGAGCUGAGGGACGCGAGCUUCAGGGUCGACGCGGACUACAGGCCCGCGGUCCCCAGCAGCUCCCUGGCGCCGGCCGAGAGCUACGAGGAGUACGUGCGCCGGUGCACCGUGAGCAUGGGCAGGAUCUCGGCUGCCUGCCCGCCGGACGGGGGCGUCGUCCUGGUUGUCGGUCAUGGCUCGUCGCUGGACGCCUGCGCCAGGCCGCUCCUCGGGCUGCCGCCCCGGGAGUACAGGGACUUUGCCCAGCUGGUCAGAAAGGUCCCCGCUCUGGGAAUGUGCUUCUGUGAAGAAAACCAGGAGCAGGGGCGGUGGGAGCUGGCGGAGCCCCCGGUGGCGGCGCUGACCCACGGGGCCAACCCCGCCUUCAGCCGGAGGAGCUGGGUGCCGGGCCCUGGAGGUGAAGGGGCGACCUCCGUGCGACCUCGCCCGUGA